GGAUGCAGCCUCCUGGGCCGGCAGCUGAGGUCUGAGGCCCUUGCCCAGCUGCAAACCACAGCUGCAGAGGAGAGGCGGGGAGAGGGGCCACCAUGGGGCCUCGCGGGCGAGUCAGGGCUGCCAAGUGCCAGAUGCUGGUCACCAGCCUCCUUGUCUUGCUGCUGGGCCUGUCUGUGGCCACCGUGGCGGCUCUCACCUACUUUGGGGCCCCCUUGGCUGCCAUCAGCCGCGCGACCUUGGAGAGGAACCCGUACGAGACCGUGCACCGCUGGGCCUUCUACGUGGGAAUGAGCCUGGCAGGCCUCCUGAGCCUGGGGGCCGUGCUCAGCACCGCAGCCACCGUGAGGGAGGCCCAGGGCCUCAUGGCCGGGGCCUUCCUGAGCUUCGCCCUGGGCUUCUGCGUCCUGGUGCAGGUGGCCUUCUGGGGGUCCCGCAACUCCACCCAGGUGGAGGACGCCGUGCUGGACACCUACGACCUGCUGUACGACCGGGCCCUGAGGACCGCGACCCGCGCCCGGCAGCGGGAGCUAGCGGCCAUCCAGGACGCGUUCCUGUGCUGCGGGAAGAGGUCUCCUUUCGGCCUCCUGGGGCGCUCGGAGGCCGGCCUGUGCCAGGGAGAGGCGGCCGCAAGACAGAGACGCCGUCAGCUCCCCGCGGACGCAGGCCCUGGGGUAGCGUUGGAAGCCCAGGAUGGGGCCAGGAACCAGGACAGUGGGGGCACCCCACACCCUCCGCCUGCUCUCCCUGCCAGCCAGCACCCUCUGGUCCGUGGGCUGGGUGCUGGGACCAGAGACUGCCUGCAGGGCAUCCGCAGCCACCUGCGGCCGUACCGGAGAGUCCUCUCCACCCUGAGCGGCAUCGGCCUGGCCCUCACGGCGUGCGCCUUGCUGCUCAGCGCCUUCCUCUGGUUUGCCGUCCGCUCCGGCCACAGCUUGGACCGCAAAGGCAAAUACGCCCCGGCCGCACGCAGCCUCCUGGGCCCCUCUAGAACAUUCCGGAACAGCCUUGCGCUCCCUUCUGCUCCUCAGAGCUCGGGGCUGCCAGCCCCUGGAGCCGGGCGCCUUCCGACGUCUGCAGGACGGGCACGCCACUCGAGCCGCCUCCGGAGCAGGGGCUGUUGCCAGCGCCUUGGCCUCACUGAUGGCAGAGGAGCCCGCGAUGGCCAGGUGGCGCCCACGGCGUCCAGCUCGAUGACACUGGUGUCUGGCCUCGGGUCAAAGUGUCCCCUCGUCAUCACUGAAGUGUCCAGACCAGGACGGCAGGACCUACGGGGCCAGGAGGCAAAACUUGGUGAAGGUCGGUUCCUUGGCCCCAAACGGGGUCAGACGGAGACGGGCGUCGCUAAGGAAAGGCCGGCGCCGGCAGAAGCGGUCCCAGCGGCGGAAGCAGACUGGGCAGAGAACGCCGAGGACAGCGAGAAAGAAAACCACUUCCCUGUCCGCGGAGGAAGGCGCCGGUCAGCCCGUGGCCAGGUCGAGACUGGCCCCCGUGCAGCGCGGGCCCACGCCGGGGCCCAGAGCUGCGCGGUGACGAGCCAGCCUCCUGCCGUGGGUGACAGGGGGCCCGGCAAGGCCGAGUCCGUGUGUCUGCGCCCACGGCGGCUCCCGUGCUAG